AUGUGCAGCCUGAGCGAGAGAAUCCAAGCGCCGAGCGAGGCUCACGUGCGACGUUGCGAGGCUUAUUCGUUCACACCUCUAACGAUAGGGACAGGGCCGUUUACGGGUGGGGACGGGAAAUUGGACGGCGAUUACGAUUACGACACAGUUACGGCGCCGUUUGGCGUAGUACUUUCCGCGUCUACGCCCACAGUGACAGAAAAGUCGCAAGGAAAAGUCGCUCUCGUCUUCCGAGCAAUGGAUAACGAUGUCUUCGCCACUCAUAGUCAGCGCCGAGACACUUCGCACGGGGCAAAUAUUCCGACGACAUCCAUGGCCGCCGCUCGCCCUCAUUACCAUACAAUCAUAGUUCGUUCGCUUUCGACGGUGACGCGACGUCAUCUAGGGUCAUAUUUCUAUUCUACAAUUCAAAUACAGGAUAGGAACUCGUUUAGUUUGAGCUUCGAGCGAGAAAUAUUGGACGGAGGUCGUUAUCUCGCUUUUCGUCGAAGACCGAGUCGGUCCCCCUCGAUGCCUAUCUUAACAACGCGCAUUACGCUGCCGCUAAGUACCUACAAAAACGGACGGAAGCCGGUCGGCGACUCCAUUAUGAGGCGGUGCGCCGUUGCGCAGACUCGCGCGGCCGCCAUCUUUAUCGAGCGGGCCCUGCCCUGCCCCCGCGCGCCCCGCCGUCGGCCGUCGUCUCGUCUGCGUCUCCCAGUAGCACCGGGGGCUUCGGACCGCAGCGCAACGCGCCCGCGACAGAGACGAGAUCUGCAGAGCGCGGGACGAGGGGAGCCCGGCACCGCGCAGGCGCGCCUCCCGCUCUCGCAGUCCAGCGCUCGUCGCCGAUCCGUGCGCACGUUCGCGCGCUUCCCGUCGCAAGAUCAGCUGAUCGGCGCGCGGCGCACAUGCCGUGAGGCCGCGCCCGCCACGAUGACGGGCUACGCCCGCGGCGAAGCCGACUUCGCCGCAGACCGAUUCCGGCGGGACGCCCGGCCCGCCUCGCUCGCUCCAAAGGAUUACUCGGUGCCUUUACACGUAGACUGCAGUAUCGAAUACGAGCUUCCCGAUUGUGCCAAGCCGCCGCAGGGCGUCAAGAUCGAGCCGCUGCUCAUGAUCCACCCGUCGCACUUCAGGAGGCUCGAGAGCCUCCGGCGCGUUCCCUUCGUCAACAACCUGCCGCGCACGGAGGGCGGCGGGCCGAGCGCGACGGGCGCCGCACCCUCUGCGCCCGACGCCCGCCGCGGAGGCCGGGCCGCGCGCCGCUGCUGCCGCGCCGUGCCCGCCGCCCCGGCGCCGCCGCCGCAGCCCCAGCCCCGGCUACCCGAAGACGCGCGCCGCUACCGGCUCGAGUACGUGGCGGAGGCGGGCAAGCUGGCCCGCGGCCGCCUCAAGGCGCACCCCUACCUGCCGCCGGAGGCCCUCGACUGUGAUAUCCGCGCGCUGCCUCCGCCCGCGCACUAUGAGCGCUUCGACAAGCGCGCGCUGCACCAGCUGCCCAUCUACAUGUAG